UCCUGCUUUGAUCGGAUUGAGAAGACUCUCAAAUCCGACCUUCUUCUUGCACACUACGAUCCUACUCUGCCGCUUAUCGUCGCCGCAGACGCUUCCAACUACGGAAUUGGAGCUGUCCUCUCACAAAGAUUCCCAGACGGACACGAAAAAGCUGUCCACCACGCUAGCCGCGCUUUGACGCCAGCACAGAAAAAAUAUAGCCAGAUUGAGAAGGAAGCCUUGGCUAUCAUUUUUGCAGUCCAAAAAUUUCACCUUUCCGUCUACACGGCCAAUCGCCUGCAACGAUGGGCUACUACUCUGUUGAACUACAAUUUCAACAUUCAGUACGCCAAGACAAGCGAGUUUGGACAAGCCGACGUCCUUUCACGACUAAUUGGGCUCUACUCGCCGGAACCAGGAGACCGAGUUAUUGCUUCAGUUGACGCUGAUCUCUGCGCCGAAGUAAUGGACAAUUGCAAUCAGCUACCGGUCUCAUUUAGGUCCGUCCAAGCGGCAGCUACUGCUGACCACACUCUGACUCAAGUCAUCGGCUACAUUCGAUCGGGAACAUGGCCAAAAGAGAACCGGAACUCACCUUUUUGGCCAUACUACAAUCGACGAGAAUCGCUAUCAACCAUCGGCUCAUGUCUGCUCACGUCAAACCGUCUCGUAAUUCCAAAUCUCUUCUACGUCGCGUCCUACAAGCGCUCUACAAAGCUCAUCCAGGUCAAACAAGGAUGA